AUGGGCAGACAUCUCCAAACGCUAGCAGCUGCUGUAAUAUUUCUUCUUCUUUCAUGGAUCUUCUUCACCGAUCAAUUUUCAUCCUUCCCAAAUCCAAACUCCGACAUAGUCUGCCAGCUGCAAGAGCCAACGGCUCCCACAUUCUACGACGAUCCCACCGAUAUAUACACCUUAGACACCCCCAUGCUCCAGUGGGACAAAAAGAGAACCCGCUGGCUCCACCUCCACCCCGCCUUCUCUCCGCCCGAGAACCGCCUCCUCCUCGUCUCCGGAUCUCACCCGUCCCCGUGCCCCGACCCCUCCGGAGAUCACUUCCUCCUCCGAUUCUUCAAGAACAAGGUCGAUUACUGCCGAAUCCACGGUCACGACAUCUUCUACAACAACGCCCAUCUGCACCCGAAGGUGCGGUCGGUGUGGGCCAAGCUGGCGGCCCUUCGGGCCGCGAUGGUGGCCCACCCGGAAGUGGAGUGGCUGUUCUGGCUUGACUCGGACACUGUCAUCACGGACAUGGACUUCGUGAUCCCGUUCGAGGGGUACGAGGGUUACAACAUGGUGGUUGAUGGUUGGCCGGAUUUGCUAGUUAACCGGAGCUGGGUGGCGGUGAACUCGGGAUCGUUUUUUAUACGAAAUUGUGGGUGGUCGAUGGAGUUUUUAGAUGUGUGGGCCGGGAUGAGCCCGAAAAGCCCGAGCUACGAUAAAUGGGGAGGAGUUUUGCGGUCGACGUUAAAGGACAAGAUGUUUCCCGAUGCCGACGAGCAGUCGUCGUUGAUUUAUCUGAUCCUCGAGGGGCCGAAGAGGUGGAGAGAAAAGAUCUACUUGGAGAAUCGGUACGCGCUGAGCGGGUACUGGCAUGGAAUCGUGGGCCGAUUCGAGGGGAUGCGGGCCGAGUACGGGGCAUGGGGGGAGGGGCGAAGGCGGCACGCGGAGGUUGUGAGUGAGUGGUACGGGGCGGAGAGAGGGAGGGCAGCGAAGGAGGGCGGAUGGCGGAGGCCGUUUGUGACGCAUUUCACGGGGUGCCAACCGUGUAGCGGGGAGCAUAACGUCGAGUACGAGGGGGAUUUGUGCUCGGUGGGGAUGAAAAGGGCGCUCGAUUUUGCGGAUGAUCAAGUCUUGCAGAAUUACGGAUUCGUGCACACGGCUUUAGGGGAUGCGUCGCUUGUCGUUCCGCUCAUGCGAAAAGUGGAAUGA